CUAAAUGUUAUCACUCUAGAACAGUUUCAGAAUUACGGCAUAUAGGUUGUUUUUAUGCUUAAUUAUACCGUAGCAACGAAUGACAAUGUAUUACAUCGUUUUAUUCAAUUAAUAAAAAUGUCUGAAGCUAAUUCAAAAAGAUUGCUUGAGACAGUAAUGUUUAAUAUUAGUUCAGACUGUGAUAAUUCUGACACAUUUUUACAUACACUCUGUGAUUGGACUGCACCGGAUAAUAUUGCUAUAGAGCAUCAUUGCAAUGAAACAGAAGUGAAACAAAUUAAAUAUUCUGUAUUAAAAGAUGCUGUAAUAUAUAUAACUAAUGUAUUAAAAGAGUUUGAUGCAUCAGGAUUUAUAGGCAUUAACUUUGAUGUAUCUGAAUACAUUGUACCCAUAUUGAUGCUUGGAAUAAAUACAAGUGGACUUGGAUUUAUUAAUCUUUUUGAUGCAACGUAUAGUGAGCUCUAUACAAAGUUAAGAAUUACAUAUAUAUUUUCAUCAAAUGACAUCUCUGAAAGUAAUGUUGUACGUCAUAUAAAAGUACAGAAUCAAACGAUAAAGCUUUGCAAACUGUGGAAUGCUUAUAUCGAACAAGAAAAUAAAGUGGAAAAUGAGUACGCAUAUGUAAUCACUACAUCCGGAUCUACUGGUGAACCAAAAAUAGUGAAAGUGACUCAUUCGUGUAUAGUGCCAAAUAUUUUAGACUUAAAAAAACUUUUCCAGUUGUCAACAGGUGAUAAAAUUAUACAGCUGACUAGUCUGAGAUUUGAUCCGAGCAUUGUUGAAAUAUUUUUAAGUUUCUCCUGUGGUGGUACACUUGUAACUGUUACAAAAGAGCUAAAAAAUGAUAUUGAAUGGACUCUUAAAAUGAUUUACGAAAAUAGAAUAACAUUGCUUCAAAGUACACCGUCUGUUCUGUUGUACAAGUGGCCGAGCCAACAUUUGCAAAGAACAAUUCUCAGUGACAAAAGUGACUUGAGAAUUCUGUUAAUCGGUGGAGAGUUAUUUCCUAAGAUAUCUAUAAUUGAGGAUAUGAAACAUGCAGCUAAUCAAACAAGAAUAUUCAACAUAUAUGGCGUAACUGAAGUAUCCUGCUGGGCCAGCAUUAACGAAAUUGACCUAAGAAAUCCAAGUAAACUAAAACAGGAUCCCUCAUAUCUUGGAAGACCUUUAUCAAAUACCAUGUUCAAAAUUAAAACAGAUAAUGGUAUUUAUGACCAUGGAAAGGGUGUUCUAUUGAUUGGAAGUAAUUCAAGAAUUUGUGAAGUAAACAAUGACAAGAUUGGUAAUCUUGAAAGACCUGUUUUCCGCGAGUCGGGCGAUUUAGUGAGAAUUGAUGAGCAUGGUGAUGCCUUUUACGAAGGACGUGUUGGCGUCGAAAUAAAACGAUUCGGCAACAAAUUGAAUACAGACGUAUUAAGAAACACCAUUUUAAAAUUGAAUUUCGUUAAGAACUGCAUUCCUUUGUGGGACGAAGAGAAUUACAAGUUAUACGUUUGCAUUGUUACGUGUAAUUCGACUAAUGAAUUUAAAAAAAUAUCACGGUACAAAGAAGAGAUUAUAAAUGAGCUGAAAAAAUUAUCCCAUCUUUAUAUACCAGACAAAAUCCAUUUCAUCGAUGACGUCGAAUUGACUGUCAACGGAAAAUUAUGUACACAUGCAUUACUAAAAAUAUGUAGUAACGUGCAAAAAUGCAAUGUACAGCAGACAAUGUCACUUGUACCAAAUAUCAAAGAAAGGUUCAAAAAUAUUUGGACACAUUAUAUUUCUUCUAUCGAAGCUGGUUUUUUGCAGCUUGGUGGAACUUCUGUAGUUGCUCUUCAAAUGUCUAUGUCUUUGAGCGAAGCAUUAAAAAGUGAAUAUCCAAAAUUGAUUGGAAUGCUACUCAGAGAUGAAAACUUUGAAGCAUGUUUAACAUAUAUUAUGGAAGAGUCCAAAAACAUAAGAAUUACUGAAAGUAAUGUACACGAAGAUAAAAUAAGUCAAGAACUGAAUUCGCACGUAAAUGUUGAAUCGCACGUUUUAACUAAUGAUGGAGCUGUUCUUGAAAAUUAUACCAAUUGCGAGUGGCAAAAGAGCAAAGGAAAAACUACAGGACACGUCUUAGUAAAGGAGAGAAAUGUUGCACAAUUGGAUUUUCGAAUAGAAUUGUGGAAAAAAUAUAAUUUACAAAAAUGCAUUGAUGCAUCUCCAACAAUGUUUCAAACAGCAAGUGGUCAAUUAUUUGUCACUGUUAGUUCUCAUUCUGGUAAAAUUUUGACUACUGAAUUGAACUCUACUGAUUGUGCUUCUUAUGAAGUUCGACUGCCAGGUCGGCUACUUGCAUCUGUACUAGUUCUGGGUAAUUUUAAAGGUGUCAUUGGCUGUACUAAUGGUUACCUAUACUGCUUAAAUCUGAAGACAGGAAAUAUUUACUGGCAAUUCAAAACUGCCAAUGAAAUAAAGGGUACAGCUAUUACAUGUGAAAAUAAGGAAUAUCUUUAUGUAGGAUCCUACGAUCAUUACCUUUAUUCUCUACGAACAAAGUGCGGUUCACAAGUAUGGUGUACUGAUAUUGGCCAUGGUAAUAUAUCUUCAAGCCCUGUUAUAAAUAACAACCUAGUAUUCUUUGGGACACAAAGUGGAGCUUGCGUAGCUGUCUACAAAGAUAAUGGUAAAAAAUAUUGGUUACGCAAGAUGCAAGACCCUAUUUUUACAACUCCAGUUAUCACGGAAAAGGAGACUAUUAUAUUUUCAACUGUCGCUGGAGAAAUCUUUUCAUUCGAUAUGGAUGGUCACUUGCUCUGGAACAUUCGCGUGACAGGAAAUAUCUUCUCAGAUCUUGUCAUACACAAAGACCCGUCAAAGAAUUUUGAAAGUAUCACCUUCGCCAGCAAAAACAAAGUUAUCUACAACAUAGAAUUAAAGGAUUCAAGAAAUCCGCUAUUAAAUCUAAUAGCAGAAAUGAAGGAACCAAUAGUGGCAACACCUCAUUGUGAAACUGGACUAAUAAUCAUCGUAGAAGUGAAUGGUACACUAUCAGUUAUUAAUUCUUUAACUGGUAAAGUCCUGACAAACUUUCAUAUGGAAGGUGCAAGUUUCUCAUCAGCAGUAAUGCACGAGAAUUUCAUUGCAAAGCAGUGUCCUUAA